UCAAUUUACUCGGUGUGCGCACAUGCCCCAGCACCACUUGGAUGGGGCAGCUAUACCGAGGACAAUAUCGACUAUUCUUAUCUCCUCGUUGAGUUCCUGGCCAUCCAGAAGCAGCCUGCGGAUGCAAAGAACCUUGCCGCUUCCCUAGCAGAGCUGCAUCUGAAGUCUCAAUCCCCAACCGGCAAAUUUGGGUUCCAUGUGCCCACCUGUCAUACUCGCAAUGUUCAGGCUGUAGAUCUUUGGACGGACUCAUGGUGUGAACUCUUCUCCAGUCAUUUUUCGCGCAUUAUCUCCCAUGCCAAGACCGCUUUCAUGUGGCCUGAAUUUGAUCAUCUUGGAAGACUAGUUCUUUCCAAGGUCGUCCCUGCUCUUCUUUUGCCAUUGCAGACGGAUGGGCGUUCCAUUAAACCGUGUCUUGUCCAUGGGGAUUGCUGGGAUGGAAAUACCGCGACUGGAGAAGACGGUCGUGCUUUCUUUUUUGAUGUUGCCUCUUUUUAUGCACACAAUGAAUACGAUCUAGGUAACUGGAGGGCUCCCAGACACGCUGUUAGUGAUCCGGCGUAUACGGAUGCCUACAAAGCAUUGGUUCCCGUAUCUGAACCAGGUGAGUACUUUACC